AUGUGUGCAUCCGAUGUCAGACCCCGGGGCCAGAAGCAGUCCGAUGUCAGACCCCGGGGCCAGAAGCAGUCCGACAUCAGACCCCGGGGCCAGAAGCAGUCCAGAGACUCCUCCAACAGGCUCGGGGCCUGCUCUGCCGCAGCCGCCCUGCUCUGCCGCAGCCGCCCUGCCGCAGCCGCCCUGCCGCAGUACGGGUGUCAGUCCGGGUUAGCUUCAGAGCCCACCCCCACCACCGCAGAAGGGCUGGUUAACUGA